GUGCAGAGAGCAGAUGCUGCAUGUUUGCUUCCUUGCCCAGAACUCACCCAUUCGCUGGUUCCAACCGUCAGAAUCACAACCGCUGAAUCCCAGGGCAAUGCGACCUUAAGAUGGCUGCGCAACCGCCUGCGGCCGCUCGCAACUGACCACACAAACCCUCCUGUGGCUGGGGAGGACAGCGUUGCCCUGCAGUGUGCAACGUCUUGGAAACUCUGCUUGCUUUGUUUGAGUGAAAUGUCCAGCAUUUUCCCCGUGUUUGCGGAGUUAAGUCAAGCCGUGAGCCUGGAGUACAUAAUGGGCGACCGAGACAGAGGUUGAGGCCAAACCCCCACGGGCAGCCAGCAUAUGCGAUAUGACGGAGUCGAAAUCUGCUCAGAUUCAUUCAGGAGACGCAGAUGCCCCGAACAGCGACCAUGUCAAUUCAUCAACUGAGGACGUUCGAUCCACCUCCCAGCCGACGGUGUGGGCGACCAUCAAGCAAUCCUAUAAAAUCUUGGGCUACUGCCUUGCUCUGACUGCCGGCAUCCUGCUGUACGGGUAUGAUAUGGUCAUUGUGAGCAAUGUGUCAUCCAUGCCACAGUUCCAGCGUGACUAUGGUCGGGGAUUGAAGGGACAACUGAUCAUUCCCUCUGUCUGGCUGAGCCUCUGGAGCGUGGCCGGCCCGAUCGGGGGCUUGUUCGGUGCGAUUGCGGGCGGCUUUGUCCAGGACCGUAUCGGUCGCCGCUUUUCGUUAGCCAUCGCCAGCCUGCUUUCCGCCAUAGCAGUCGCCGUGUUGUAUGUCUCCAAUCUUGCGACCCAGAUCGACGACCGCAGGGCUAUCUUCUUAGUGGGAAAAUUGGUUCAGGGAUUCGCCGUGUACAUGGUCGUAUGCACGGCUGAGACCUAUAUGUCAGAAGUCCUACCCACCUUGCUACGAGGGCCGACUCUCGCCCUCUUUCCCAUCUUCACACUCGUGGGUCAGUUGGUAGGCAGCGCUGUGGUCCGGAAUGCCCUCCACACUCCCGGCGCGAGAGGUUACCUCAACUGCUUCCUUUCGCAAUGGCCCUUCUCAGCUCUGUCCCUUUUAGUGUCCGUCAUGAUCCCUGAGAGCCCUACGCAUCUCGUUCGCCAGAGCCGACUGGACGAAGCGCUCAAAGCACAGAAACGACUGGAUUCCGCCGAGGUGGACUCCAUGGCCAAGAUCCAGCAGCUGCGCGCAUCCGCACAGCUCGGGGAGCAAGAAUCCGCGGGAUACCGCGAGUGUUUCGUGGGUGUCAACCGGCGACGCACGAUCAUCGUCCUCUUCGUGAACAUAAUCCCGAAUAUGCUGGGACUCGUGCUGUUGGCGAAAGCCAGCUAUUUCUUGCAGAUCAUCGGCAUGGGAGCGAAUACAAGCAUUAUGAUGCUGCAAGUCAGCUUGGGGCUGGGGUUAGCAGCCAACAUCUUCAGCUUCUGGACGCUGUCGCGAUUUGGCCGGGUGUCGCUCAUCAUUGCAAGCUUGGGGAUCAUCGCACUGUUGUGGCUGGGUAUGGGCAUUGCCGGCUGUUUUCAUGGAGAAGUCACUGUCUGGUACUCGGCUGUGACUUUCUGUUUGGUCGUCGUCUUCAACGGAGCUGGGGCAUGGCCGGCGACCUACGCCGUGGGCGCGGAGACAUCUUCCCUACGGCUCCGCGCCAAGACGCAAGGACUAGGAUGGCUCGUCAAUUGUCUGGCAACUGGGGUUGCCGGUCUGGUACUGCCCUAUGCAUUCAACCCGGACCAAGGCGCAUUGGGCGCCAAAACAGGGUUCCUGUUCUCCGCCUCCAGUAUCGUGGCACUGGUGAUAACAUGGUUUCUCGUGCCGGAGAUGAGAAACCGAACUCCAACUGAGAUUGAACGUAUGUUCGGAAACCAUCUGCCGACGAAGGAGUUCAGAAAAUGGUCACCUGAAAUGGAUGAGGUGACAGUCAGGUUGGGUGUCUGACUGACUGCUCGGACCUUCGGGUGGCCAGUUAUUCCCUAUCGCCCAGUAGCGUCAUGCUUCUCGCUCUGUGUUGACGACUUUGAUGAUGCCGGUGAUCUCUGGCAAUGAUGUGUUUGAGAAGCAACGUUGUUACAAAGCGGAUUCAGUUAAUGAGACUCUUACUUGUUGAAUCACAUCUCUUCCUUCGUCAUUAUCUAAGCAGGCCGUCACUCUGCCAGCCACAAAACCAGAACCUCAGGAAUGACCUUUCAUCCCGAAACUGGUUAGAAGCAAUGAAUGACUAGUGGUGAUGCUUGAGUUGUCAAUUUGAAAACGACCGUCC